AUGGGUUCGAAUGGUUCACGUUCAGCAUCUCGUCACAAUAUGACAGCACAAGAUAUUGUAAAUGAAUGUGGUGAAAAUAAUAAUGCUAAAAAUCUACACAUUCUCGUUACAGGUGCAACAUCUGGUAUUGGUAUUGAAACUAGUCGAAUAUUAGCACUUGCUGGAGCAAAAGUUUAUCUCAUGGGUAGAAGUGAAACAAAAUUACAACAAGUUCUAGAAAAUAUAAAUAAAGAAUUACAAGAAAAAUCAUCGAAUGGUUCUAUACAAAGUGUUAUUUGUGAUUUGAAUAGUUUACUUAGUAUUAAACAAUUUGCAGAAAAAUUUACAAAAGAAAACACACCUUUGAAUAUUUUAAUACUCAAUGCUGGUAUAUUUAAUUAUAAUUUUGCUCAAACUGUUGAUGGUCUUGAACAAGUAAUGGGUGUUAAUCAUAUUGGUCAUGCAUAUUUAACACAAUUAUUAAUGCCUACUUUGAUAGCUAAUGCACCAUCAAGAAUUGUUAUAGUAUCAUCAGAUUAUCAUGCAGGUCCACCUUUAAAUUAUCAAGCUUUAGAUCAUAUGAAUAGUACAGGAAAUGAUGCAAAAAAAGAUUGGGGUAUGCUAAGAAGUUAUCAACAAAGUAAAUUAGCUAAUUUACUUUUUGCUCGUGCA